UUUCGUUACACAUAAUAAACUAAUCAAACUGAGGCAUCAUGAGUGGAAGAGGCAAAGGCGCGAAGACAAAGGCCAAGGCGAAGUCUCGUUCUUCUCGAGCUGGACUGCAGUUCCCAGUUGGUCGUGUUCAUAGGCUGCUCCGUAAAGGACACUACGCUCAGCGCGUAGGUGCUGGAGCGCCAGUGUACAUGGCCGCUGUGCUGGAGUAUCUGACAGCUGAAAUUCUGGAGCUGGCUGGGAACGCUGCCCGGGACAACAAGAAGACUCGCAUCAUCCCCCGUCACCUGCAGCUUGCCGUGCGCAACGACGAGGAGCUGAACAAGCUUCUGGGCGGUGUCACCAUCGCUCAGGGCGGCGUCUUGCCCAAUAUUCAGGCUGUGCUUUUGCCCAAAAAGGCUGAGAGGGCAGCCAAGACCAAGUAAAUCGUUUGACUCCUCCAAAUCCAAAGGCUCUUUUCAGAGCCACUUAGCUUGUUCUAAAAAGCUGUAUUCCUUUCAUUGUACUGCAUCAAGAUCGAAUACCGAUUUUAUUUACAGAUUCUUGUUUAGGAAAGGUUUUGUGGAUUUCUGAUGAAAGGGCGGAUUCAGGAUGGAUUUUAGGUUGAUGUAGGGUACAUGUGGGACACAUGGCACAUCUUUGUUUAUCCAAUGAGCGCACGUUAUUUAACAACCCCAUCAAUUCUUAGUCAAUAAAAUAUUUUCAUGAAACGUGAACACAAUACUAUAGGUUAUGGAAGGACAACAGCAAGCUUUAAGAAUGUAAAUGCUUUGGGAUGUGAGACAUUUUCUGUUUGGGACUUAUUUUUGUUAUAUUAGUUAUGAUGUUUUAAAUUAUUUGUAUUAUCCAGCGAGACAUUUAGCCUACUGUAAUUAUUGUAUACUAAUGCAGAUUAAUAGGACUAAUAUGCUAAAUAAAUGACACAUUUCCCCAA